AUGGAAGACCAAGAUACUCUGGACGGCCUCCGUGGUCUGUACCAGGAUCUUUCUGCUCUUUCGGUGUCUUCUUUUGUAAACAUCGACCGUCUCCGAAUUGAGCUGGAGACUCACAUUGAAGAUUUUAGGAAACUCCUCGAUCGGCCCAGGAAAAACAACCCCAGUCGCCAAAUUGUCAUCGCUGGGAAAAUCACGGUGAACAACGUCGAAUAUUCGAUCAACGAUGAAUUCAAGGAAGGGGCUCUACAGCUUGCGGAUGCUCUGGACAUCGAUGAGGUGGAAGCGGCGGUGCUCUUUUUAGGGGCUCAGGAGGACGCACAAGCGUUGGAUAGAUCCCCUGUCAUCGCUGCGAUCAUGCGGUUUCACGAGCGUCGCCAUUUCUUGCUCGAAUCCUUGCGCCUUAUCUUCCAGGAAUCCUUCGAAGUCGAGCGGGAAACGGACCAGACUCUGAUGCAGGACGCUCUGGCCCUUGUUGUCGAAAUAAAGGACGGUCCUUUGCGAAACGCUUCGCUGUUUGCUCGGAAAUGCAUGACAUCAAUGGAAGACAUCGAGAAAUGGCUUGCCUUGCUUGGUGAACAAAUCCAGAAAGCCUCGAUCGUCGGUCAAUCCGAAGACUUUGAAAUAAUGGAGGCUAUUGAGUACCAGCGCAACAGCUUACAGCAACAACACGAAUCGCUAGGAGCGAUCCUGUGCUACUUGUUCAAAGGUCCUUACACCAGUCCCGAAGAUCUCCGAAUACUCUUGAACCGCCUCAGAAAGCUGGAUCGAUUCGAUAGCGUACUGGUUCAUUACAUCCCUUCGAUCGUCUCCUCGUUCGUUCAGCAUGGGUCACCUGAAAGCUCUGGUUCACACAAGGAGGCGCGGAGUCUUCAUACGGCCGUGACAUCCACCAAGGACGGUCAAACUUGGCGGCUUCCAACCUUUCAUUCAACUGUGAUUGCACUCUGGCUUGCGGUAUACAGUGGCUGGGACUUUGACGGUCCAUCUUCUCCAAUUCCCGGUGUUGACCCUGCAAAGGAGGUCGAAGAACGCACCAAAAUGUUCAUGACCGCGCUGGAUGACGGAGGAUUAGACUCGAUGCUCGCCAUCUGCUCCGGAGUUAACAACGAAGAAUGGGCAGAUCCGGCUCGCAGUGAAUUGGUUACUUUGCUGUUGAAAGAAAGUGCAUCGUCUACGCUUGAGUCGGAUGCCUGCUCCGGGUUUUUCAAGGCCCUGUUGAUGGAAUAUUUUGAGGUUUUUGCAGAGUCAUGUAUCGCCAAUAUGCCAGAUGCAGUUCGAAUGCUCAAGUCGGAAGAGGACUCGCAACGGUUAGAUCAAAUCACCGCGCUUAGAGAUGGUCUAACAUCGAGUCUCCAUCGUGGCCUUGUCGAGGCUCGGACUCAUCUCGAGAGCUUUCUCGUGAUCAUGGCAUUUGCAUUUGAGCGCCGUCCUGAUGCUGCACAGGAAUUUUGGGCUGACCCGGACGGGAACUUGUAUGGUUUCCUCCAAUGGGCUUCGAAACGACAAACUGUCCCGCGUGUUAGUGCGUUCUGUGAACUUUUGUGUUCUAUUUCAGGGGGUGAAGAAAACGCUGCUGCAGCGCACAGAUUCCUUUCUGAGGAGGAUAAGUUUAUGUCUGCUAAAUUCAAGAGAUCUACCUCUAUGAAUUGGUCACAGAUGUUUGCCGAGCUGCAACUUUAUGCGACCAAAGUCACUGAAAAACCUUCCUCCUCGCAGUCCAUGCUACGUGCUCGGAAAUCUGAGCCCUCCGACAUGAGUGAGCCAGAAAGUCCGGUGAUGUUGACUUGUUAUCUACGGCUGAUGGGUCAUUUGUGUCGGCAAAGUGUCGCGAUCAGGGACUGGAUGCUCCUCCACCCGUCCUUUAGCAUUGUCACCACGUUGUUGACGUUAUCCAGUGGGCCGAUCCCUACUCACCUCAGAGCAACGGUCUUCGAUACUCUGUCGGCCUUGAUGACCGACCGGACAUCUUCAAAUGGAAAUGAGAUGUGGCUUUCGAUUGACCAAUGGAUCUCCAGCGGAUCAAUGAGCGCUUCUGGCCAUGGAAAGGUCCCCUUGGUCUCAAACCCUCUUGUGUGGCACGAACAACAAGCUUUCCAGAAAAUUGGUGAGAGUUUUGACCAAGCUAACGCUUUUGUGGCCCUUGUAUAUUCGCUCGUGUCUCCAACCACGGACUCGGCGGAUUACCACCUCUCGCUCCCCUUCCCAGAAUCUUUAGGCUCUUCAUACCGCAUGCCGGGCAUUGAGCCUUACAUCGAUUUCGUGCUGGGCCGAGCAUUGUCGAGAAGAAUCCCGGAUCUCAACGAACGUCAAGUCCGUAUGCUCACCUACAAUUGCUUAGACUUCGUUGUGACUUGCCUGAAAUCUUUCAACGAGAACAUUGUUACAGUCCUCAGCCAGCCCAGUAUAUCAUCCGAUAGUACACUCAAAACCUCAUCGCUGGUCAAUUACAUCCGGCUUCAUCCAUUUGCACGGGUGGCUGAAUGGCUCUUCAAUGAGGAUGUGAUCAAAUCUAUCUUUGCAGCGGCUCAUCAAGAUGUUACAGAUGUUGCUAAGUCCUCGGCUGAUUCAGUCUUGGUUCUUUCUGUCGUCCGAAGCCUCGAGGUCAUGGACCUGAUGAUGGAUCUCCAGUCGACUUACUUCAACAUUGUUCGCCCAUUGGUCAAGUCUCAGGCUGGUGGAAGCCGGACCAAUGUAGCAAACUCUGCGCUCUCCGCGUUUGAGGACAGUAUCCUUAAUUAUCUGUCGAUCAUCCCCGCUUUAUGUCUCUACUGCAGCACCGGCCACGAGCAGCUCACUGUCACUUCAAUGGCACUGCUGGAGAAACUCUCCAGCUCGAAGAAAUUGAAUAAGGCCUCGUCUCCUGAAUUGUCCAAGUGGCGAUCGUCAAACAAAAUUGUUGAGGUCUUGAGUUCAGAAGUGGAUGUUGACAGCGUAUCCCGCCCGCUUGUCUCCCAAAUGCAACCUGAAUCUAGGGAACUUGAAGUUGGAGCCCAAUCGACGGGGUACAUUAUUCGUGAGAGUCUGCUCGCACUUCUAAAUUCCUGCUUGGGGUCAAUCACAGAUCAACCAACGAUAGCGCACAUUCUUCUCGGGUUCCGCAGCGUCGGAAAUAUACUCGAUGUCUCCCCGGAGGGUCUUUUCUCUCAGCAAGCCUCAUUAUUGCAUGCCAUUAUCGAAUUUCUGCAGAACUACCCCGAUGAAGUGAAUGGGAACAUCUUACCAUGGAUGGUGCGCCUCAAGCGUAUGGGAUUUGAAGUGUUGAAGCACCUGUGGUCAUCGAAGCUCUCAUCCUACUUCACGCUUUCUGAAAUGCGUGUUAACCGCUUUCUUCUCAAUACCCUCGCAACCCAGCCCAUAAUCGGACUGCACACCCCAUGGGAUGGGCUACCUAUCUUGGCCGAAGAAUUCUGGGUUUCCAAAUCAACCACUGCCCUCGCAGAGUUCUUGCUCUACAGAAGCUACCUGUACAACUACGCUGCAACGGAGAUCCGCUCGGCCACCAAGCUUGGUUCACCGACUCUGCAAAGCGACAUCCUCGCAACAUUGUUUGGAAAUGCAGUUUCAGAGAAGGGCGAGGGUAUCGUGACACCCACUGUCUUCGAUCUCUUCGACUUCGCGGACCUGGACAUUAGAAAUCCACUGCCCCCGCCUGAGUUGGUGCUUCUUCGAGAUAUCGGCGUGGAGGCAUGUGCCAAGGCACAGGCUGGUGAUUCAUUCGUUAUUUACAACAUGGCCGAGCUGGAAGAGCUUAUUCAAGUCCGAAAGGAAGAGCUGCAUUCAACGGUGCAUCUGCGAACUCCAGAUGAAGAGCAAUUUCUGGCCGAGGCUGAAAAUUUGACCCUGUUUGUUUUGUCACUCAAUCAGUCCCGGCAGAUCAGCCACAACCGCUACCUGGCUCUUCAAUCUUGGACGGAGCUCAUAACGACAAUUCUCACAUGCUCUGAGAUCGAAGGUGGGCGAAAAUCGACUUUUAUCUUGCAUUCGAUCCAAUUGAUUCUUCCCAAACUUGACGCGGCUGUGGAAGAAGACUCUCCGGAGGCCAUUGAAUUGGCGCGCCUUGCGGAAACCCUGGUUAGUAACCUGGAUUCGUCCGAGACAAGUGGAACUCCUAUCCGACGAAGCGGCGAUGUCAUCGAUGAAAAGCUCCAUCAGUUGUUCCAGAUUUGCGUUCGGGGCGUUAUUCUGGCUGCCAGCAACAUUCACCUCCGAGAGACCUUCUACAAUAUCUGCUCGCACUACAUCUCCCGCGUGAUUUCUCCUGAAACAUCAUACGGAGACACAAAGCAGCAUAGCUAUCAGGUCAUCCGGACAGCGGGUCCGACUUUGAUUGAAGCUGUAUGUGACGAUGCGUACACUGGCCAAGAAACAUGCCGUGUGUCGGCUCUUCUGUUCUUGAAUCUCUUGGCAGCCCUGGAUAAACGGGAAGAAUCUACGUUGGCAGAGUCUAUGUCUCAGUCGAACUAUUUGAGUCUGUUUUUGGAUGCCAUCCGAACACUUCCGGUUGAGCUUAAGAAUGCGCAAGCUAGUGAUACGCCUUUGCUCUUGUCGUACUAUGAGUCUUUGUUGUCUCUCCUUCAACAACUUUGCCAAACUAGGAACGGCGCCAUUCAAGUUCUUGGGACUGGUCUUUUCCAGGCAGUUCGCGAUUCGCAGCUGUUCGCGGCUGAUCCUGAUCUUGGUAUUGAUAUCGAUAACCCCGAUGCCCUCCGGAAAUACUAUGAUCUUCUUUACUCCGUGCUCCGCGUCAUUGUUUCCGCCGUGUUCUCCCGAGGCCUUCACAACGAGCAGAUGAUGGAGCAAACGCGCGCCUUCCUUGCCGAGAACAGGCAAAGUAUGGUCGGAAUCUUCAAGCGUGUUGCCAAAAUCGGAGGUGGGGGCGCUUCAGAUCAUCACAGCGCUCUCGGUGACCUGGCCAAGUCGUAUAUGGCUCUCAUUACCGCUACGGAUUUCUUAGAGCAUACGAGACCCGCCACCGAGCAGAGGAGCGGCAAGCGCAAGUCGACCGGUAAAAGGAAGCUAUCUGAUCAGGAGGAGGCUGCGCGGAAUCCUCCAAACCAGCAAGCGACUAUCUCGGAGCUCCUGUCGAGGAAUCACACCACCUACGAUCAAGAGCAUCAUCAUCACAGGCAGUCUUCCCCGACGACCAAGCGUCCGCGGUUAUCGUCUCCCCCCUCGACCCUACAAUCUGCAUCGAAUCCUCAAACCCCAUCCUCAUCCGACAAAAUGUACAACUUCGCGAACCAAGAUUCCAGAGCUAGCGGGCCGUUCGGGCAGGCUACGUCCGGGUCGCAUCCCCUCGGCGGACCGGCCAAAUCUCGGCCCUUCAACACAGCAUCGCGUCAAAGCAAUUUUACACCGCAUACGGGCGCAAAGAAGCUGGUUGUAAAGAAUCUUCGGACAGGCUCGCGAUUCAACCAAGAUUCCUACUUUGAGAAGGUCUGGAGUCAACUUGAUGCGGCCUUGGCGGCGAUUUUCAAAGGUGGAAAGCCUGAGGUCUCGCUGGAGGAGCUUUACAAAGGGGCAGAAAAUGUGUGCCGUCAAGGGCGAGCUGCUCAAUUAGCCAAGCAGCUGCAAGACCGAUGUCGGGGUCAUGUGUCCGGAAAGCUCCGCGAUACCCUGGUGGCCAGAGCAGAGAGUGGCGACAACAUUGAUGCAUUGCGGGCGGUAGUCGAGUCGUGGGCAACAUGGCAAUCAAAGCUGGUUACCGUUCGAUGGAUCUUCUACUACCUCGACCAAUCGUUCCUCCUUCAUUCCAAAGAAUAUCCCGUUAUCCGUGAGAUGGGUCUCGUCCAGUUCCGAAACCACAUAUAUUCCGAUCCAGUGCUGAAAGCGAAGAUUUCGCAAGGCGCCUGUGAUCUAAUCAGAGCCGACCGCGAUGAGGACCCGAGCAUCAUGGCAGAUUCAUCGUUACUUCGCAAGGCGAUCGAAUUGUUCCACGGUCUCGAUGUAUACGCGGAUGGUUUCGAGCCCCUCCUCAUUUCCGAAUCGAAGAAAUAUUUCGCAUCAUGGGCCCAACGCGAAGCAUCGGGAUAUCUCGCCACAUUCGCCGCGAAUAGCCAUAAUCUGAUUGAACGAGAAGUCAACCGGUGUGAGCUAUUUUCGCUCAACCGAAGCACGAAGCAAAAAUUGUCCGAACUUCUGGAUCACACGCUAGUGUUGGAUCAACAAUCAGUUCUCCUUAAUCAGGCCGACAUCCUCGGCUUGCUACGGACGGGAAAUAAGAUUGCUUUGGAGAAACUCUAUGCCCUUCUUGAACGGAAGAGUCUCGGCUCGAAAUUGAGGCCAGCGUUCAGCAGUUUCAUCGUUGAAGAGGGCGCUUUGAUUGUUUUCGAUGAAGAGAAAGAUGCCGAGAUGGUUGCCCGGCUGCUCGAAUUCAAGCAGCAGCUCGAUGAGACUUGGAUUCACUCAUUCCAUCGAAACGAGGAACUGGGCCAUGCUCUCCGCGAAGCUUUCGAGACAUUCAUGAACAAGGGAAGAAAGUCGCAGGCAACCGGCGGGACCGACAAUCCUAAGACCGGCGAGAUGAUCGCUAAAUACGUAGACAGACUACUGAAGGGCGGGUGGAAACUGGCUCCCGGGAGAAAGGCCGACGACAUGCCUCUUGCGGACGAAGACGCCGAGAUCGAUCGACAGCUGGACCAAGUGCUCAAUCUCUUUCGCUUCGUACAUGGCAAAGCAGUCUUUGAGGCUUUCUACAAAAAUGACCUCGCCCGUCGCCUGCUCAUGGGUCGGAGCGCUAGCGACGAUGCCGAAAAGAGCAUGCUGGCACGACUUAAGACAGAAUGCGGAUCCAGCUUCACUCAUAAUUUGGAGUCCAUGUUCAAAGACAUGGAUGUAGCGCGCGAUGAGAUGGGGGCGUACAGUUCUAUUCAGCGCGAACGUAAAAACCGACUGCCAGUUGACCUCAGCGUCAGCGUGCUAUCGGCAGCUGCGUGGCCUACGUACCCGGAUGUUCAGGUGCGAAUACCGCCUGAGAUCGCCACGGCCACCAGCGAUUUCGAGAAGUUUUACCAUGGCAAAUACAACGGGCGCAAGCUUCACUGGAAGCAUCAAUUGGCACACUGUCAGCUGCGGGCCAGGUUUCCGAAAGGCGACAAGGAAUUGGUUGUCAGCUCGUUCCAAGCGAUUGUGCUGCUGCUGUUCAAUGAUCUUCCCGAAGGUGGAACGAUCACCUACUCCCAAAUCCAAGAAGCAACCAAACUUUCUGACCAAGAACUCAAGCGAACACUCCAAUCGCUGGCAUGCGCCAAAUACCGAGUCCUCAGCAAGAAGCCGAAAGGCCGGGACGUCAACACCACGGACGAAUUUUCGUACAAUGCCGGGUUUACCGACCCGAAGAUGCGGAUCAAGAUCAAUCAGAUUCAGCUGAAAGAGACGAAGGAGGAGAACAAGACAACGCACGAGCGCGUGGCUGCCGACCGGCACUACGAGACGCAGGCCGCGAUCGUGCGGAUCAUGAAGAGUCGCAAGACCAUCACGCACGCCGAACUGGUGGCCGAGGUGAUCAAGGCUACCCGAAGCCGUGGCGUGCUAGAGCCUGCAGACAUCAAGAGGAAUAUCGAGAAACUGAUCGAAAAAGACUACAUGGAGCGGGAAGAAGGGAAUCGGUAUCAAUAUGUGGCAUAA